GGACGAAGUUGCCUUCUCCGGUGUCGUCCGAGAGGCGGAGGUCGAAGGGUGCAAGCCCAACGACGAUGACGUAGUAGCGAAGGAGACAACGGGCGGCGCGGAAAAGAAGAGAGAGGAGCUGGAGGACCGGCUGCAAUUUGUCAAGUCGCCGAUCCCUCCCAAAGCAUCUGACACGACCGAAGAGGACCGUCCAGUGCUGAAGGAAGACCUGGGCAGUGCACCCGGUAGUUCGCACCACAGUGAGGAAGUCUGGCAACCUCAAAGGCACUUCCCAGAAAGCGCUAAACUGGGUCACGGACAAAAUACUGAAUCGACAGAGGAUGCUGGCGAUGGUGGAAGCGAGGGUCCAAGCCAGGCUGGAGUCUAUCCUCAUGGGGCCAGCGCAACGGCCCACCUGGCCCACGAAAGAAGGACCGCUCCGGGGACACAGCAACUCCCCGUGACGAGCGGAUAUGUAGGAGGGGCGCCGAACACUAAACCGGCCAAGAGCAAGGGAAAAGGAAAGAGAAGGGAACAGCCCAAUCCCGCCCCGCUCCCGCCCCCCUCCCUGCCCCAGUCGCUGGGCCCUCCAGCGCGCCGCCACAGCCCGUCCCAGGACCCACCACCGCUACGGCGAAUCCGUCGGCAUCGACCGAAAACAAGACCCAGGACCGAAGGAGAGAGAUGCCUAAGCAAAAGCCCCAAAAGGGCAAGAAGAAAGGACCGCCUCCAGCCCAACCCGCCCAGAGCCCCCUGCGUGCUGCUGCCGCCAGCGCCGGCUAAUGUGGACACGCCGUGGGUCGAGGUGGCCAGAAGAAAGAAAAAGGGAAAGCCGGCAGCAGCGCCAACAAACAUCACACAGCCGCCGAAACCGACGCGCCGGAAGGAGCCGAAACUGCGGCCGCCUCGUUCUGCGGCCGUGGUUUGCGGCCACGGGCGCCCAAU